ACAGAAACAAUACAAUUGCAAUUACAACCUUCUCUCUCUCUCUGUUAUCGGUUUCACAUUUUUGAUUUCUUCUCUCUGUUUCUCAUCUCAUCAUCACCAUUUUGAUUCAUUCUCUGGCUGCAACUCGUUUCUUUCUCUCUGAAUUUGUUGCAACUCGAAUAUAUAUUGAGAGAAGAGAAAGGGACCACAACCAAUUCAAACCUUCUUUCUUCGUCUUCUCUCUAUCACAAUCUCAUCAUCAUCUCUGAGAUCUCAGACAGUGUUCGUCGAAAAAGGAGCAUUUAGCUAUGUCUAACACUUUGAAGGUUUUGGAUCCUGCAUUCCAGGGAGUGGGUCAGAGAUUAGGAACUGAAAUAUGGAGAAUUGAGAAUUUUCAACCGGUUCCAUUGCCCAAAUCUGAAUAUGGGAAAUUCUACAUGGGGGAUUCAUAUAUCAUCUUGCAGACAACACAAGGCAAAGGAGCUGCUUAUUUUUAUGAUUUACACUUUUGGAUUGGAAAGGAUACGAGUCAGGAUGAGGCAGGAACAGCAGCCAUUAAAGCUGUUGAACUUGAUGCUGCUCUUGGAGGACGGGCGGUGCAGCACAGAGAGAUUCAAGGACAUGAAUCUGACAAUUUUUUGUCAUAUUUUAGGCCAUGUAUUAUACCAUUAGAGGGGGGUGUUGCAUCUGGAUUUAGAAAACCUGAAGAGGAGGAGUUUGAAACACGCUUGUAUGUAUGCAGAGGGAAAAGAGUUGUCAGGUUGAAACAGGUCCCGUUUGCAAGGUCAUCAUUGAACCAUGAUGAUGUGUUCAUUCUUGACACCGACGAUAAGAUUUAUCAAUUCAAUGGUGCAAAUUCCAAUAUUCAGGAAAGAGCCAAGGCUUUGGAAGUGGUACAGUUUCUGAAAGAAGAAUAUCAUGAAGGGAAAUGUGACGUUGCAAUUGUUGAUGAUGGAAAGUUAGACACUGAGUCAGAUUCAGGUGAAUUUUGGCUACUCUUUGGUGGUUUUGCUCCCAUUGCAAAGAAGGUAAUCAGUGAGGAUGAUAUCAUUCCAGAGGCAAUUCCUGCUCAAUUGUAUAGUAUCAUUGAUCGUGAAGUCAAGUCUGAGGAAGGUGAACUUUCUAAGUCCCUGUUGGAGAACAACAAGUGCUAUUUGCUGGACUGUGGUGCUGAGGUAUUUAUCUGGUUUGGCCGGGGAACACAAGUGGAAGAACGGAAAGCAGCUUGCCAAGCUGCUGAGGAGUUUGUUUCUGGCCAAAAUAGGCCAAAAUCUACAAGGAUAACAAGGAUUACUCAAGGUUAUGAGACACGUUCAUUUAAGUCUAACUUUGAUUCUUGGCCAUCAGGAUCUGCUAGUACUGUUGCCGAGGAUGGAAAAGGGAAAGUUACAGCAUUGCUGAAGCAACAAGGGAUGGGUGUAAAAGGAAUGACAAAAAGUACCCCUGUAAAUGAGGAAAUUCCACAUUUGCUUGAAGAGGGUGGAAAGAUGGAGGCAUGGAGAAUCGAUGGAAGUGACAAGACCUCAUUACCGAACGAGGACAUUGGUAAAUUUCAUAGUGGAGAUUGUUACAUUGUGCUGUACACAUACCAUUCUGGUGAGAGGAAAGAAGACUACUUCUUGUGCUGCUGGUUUGGCAAAGAUAGUAUUGAGGAGGACCAAACAGUGGCUAUUCGGCUGGCUAAUACAAUGUCCAACUCUUUGAAGGGUAGACCUGUUCAGGGUCGCAUAUACGAGGGUAAAGAGUCACCACAAUUUGUUGCUCUUUUCCAUCCCAUGGUAGUUCUUAAGGGAGGUUUGAGCACUGGAUACAAAAAAUUCAUAGCUGACAAAGGUUCAUCAGAUGAGACAUACACAGAAGAAUCCGUUGCGCUUAUCCGAAUCACUGGAACUUCCAUCCAUAACAAUAAGGCAGCACAAGUUGAUGCAGUGCCAACGUCAUUGAAUUCUUCCGACUGUUUUGUCUUGCAAUCGAGCUCUACAGUUUUCACUUGGCAUGGGAAUAAAUGUUCCAUCGAACAGCAGCAGCUAGCAGCAAAGGUCGCAGAAUUUCUAAGGCCAGGAGUUGCUUUAAAGCAUGCUAAAGAAGGUACAGAAAGCUCAGCUUUCUGGCUUGCAUUAGGAGGAAAACAAAACUACACCAGCAAGAAAGUUACUAAUGAGGUUGUUAGAGAUCCACAUCUGUUCACCUUAUCAUUUUAUAAAGGAAAGUUACAUGUGAGUUUGUUGGUAGAGGAGGUUUACAACUUCUCCCAAGAUGAUUUGUUAACAGAGGAUAUCCUCGUACUCGACACACACGCAGAAGUGUUUGUUUGGAUUGGUCAGUGUGUUGACCCUAAAGAAAAGCAAAAUGCUUUUGAAAUUGGCCAGAAAUACAUAGAUAUGGCUGCAUCUCUGGAAGGACUAUCUCCACGUGUACCCUUAUAUAAAGUAACAGAAGGGAACGAACCUUUCUUUUUCACUACAUACUUUUCAUGGGAUUGGGAUUAUACAAGAGCUAAGGUUCAUGGGAACUCAUUCCAGAAACAGGUGUCUCUACUCUUUGGGAUUGGCCAUGCUGUGGAGGAAAAAUCAAACGGGUCAAGUGGAGGGGGGCCAAGACAAAGGGCAGAAGCUUUGGCUGCUUUAACUUCUGCUUUUAAAUCAUCGCUUGAGAAAACAACGAGUAUGUCACAAGAGAGAUUGAAUGGCUUAAACCAUGGAGGACCAAGACAAAGAGCGGAAGCUUUAGCUGCCUUAAACUCUGCAUUUAGUUCUUCAUCAACGACAAAGAAAGUUACUCCUAGGCCAUCUGUAAAAGGUCAAGGAUCACAAAGAGCAGCAGCUGUAGCUGCUCUUUCGUCAGUUCUUACUGCUGAGAAGAAGAAACAAUCACCUGAUACCUCUCCUGUGGCCAGUGACAGUCCUGUUCCAGAGAGUAGCAUUUCAGAAGCUAAAAGUGAAAGUGAAUAUUCUGAAGUUGAUGAAGCUACAGAAGCCAAGGAAGUGGAAGAAGUUUCUCCUGAUUCCGAUAGCAAUGGGGGUCUGGAAUCUGAACAAGAAAAUGUGGAGGAUGGAGAUAAUGACCAAAGUAGUCAGAGGACAUUCAGUUAUGAUCAAUUAAAGACUACAGCAGGAAAAAAUGUGUCUAGAAUUGAUCUUAAACGGAGAGAGGCCUAUCUUUCAGACGAAGAUUUUGAAACUGUGUUUGGAAUGGUAAAAGAAGCAUUUUAUAAGUUGCCAAGAUGGAAGCGAGAUCUGCUGAAAAAGAAAUAUGAAUUGUUCUAGACUUGACAUAUUGAGUUAACAAAUCAGUUUCUUUAGCUUAUUGAUUACCUUUCCUCGGUAAUCUUGAAAUGCACUUAUCUAUUGGAUAGUGUGUUUUAUCGAUAAACCGCUUGGAUUCAUAUGAACAGUGAUGCUGCAUGGAGAGUGAUUUUAGUUUCUCCUUUUAAUUGCUGCUACUUCUUGGAAUAUUUACAUCACGGCCGACCCAAGGUAAGGCUGCUAAAGCCCUUGCUUUAGGCCUACCAACAUUAAAUUAUUUUUUAUUAGAUUUUAUAAACAAAAAGGUCUCAAAUGUAUACAGAAAAAGCCCCAUAUAUAAAAAUUUACUUUAAGCCUCACUUGCUACUGAAAA